ACCGUAUAACUCUGUUCUUCUCUGUCCGAUAAACUCUCUGAUUUCUUUUUUUACUUCCGUCACUGGAAUGUAACAUCGUAAUGCUGUUUCUGAUAAAGUUUGAAUCUUUCAUCCUCAUUCAUGAACAGAUUCUCCAUCAUUCCUUGUUCUUUACGGUUAUCUUCAAUCGUUUCUUAUGCUGAGCUCAUCGAAUUCAACGGUCGAGAUCGACUCUUGUCCCAGGCAAGAAAGCUUCAUGCUCAUCUGGUAACAUCCGGGAUUGCUCGCUUAACGAGAAUUGCAGCUAAGCUUGUGGCGUUUUACGUGGAAUGUGGGGAAGUUACAGAUGCUAAGAAGGUGUUCGAUGAAAUGCCCAAGAGAGACAUUAGUGGAUGGGUUGUCAUGAUUGGGGCUUGUGCUCGAAACGGGUAUUACCAGGAGUCUUUAAAUAUCUUCAGAGAAAUGAAUGGAGAAGGUUUAAAGCUUGAUGCUUACAUCGUUCCUAGUGUUCUUAAAGCAAGUCGCAAUCUGCUUGACCAAGAGUUCGGAAAGAUGAUGCAUUGUGUGGUGCUCAAGUGUUCGUUUGAGUCUGAUGGUUUUAUAGUUAGCUCUCUUAUUGAUAUGUAUUCGAAGUUUGGGGAGGUAGAGAAUGCGAGGAAGGUGUUUAGUGAAUCGUCUGGACAAGAUCUGGUUGUGUUCAAUGCUAUGAUCUCUGGUUAUGCUAACAAUAGCCAAGCAGAUGAAGCUUUGAACUUGGUGGGAGAUAUGAAACUUGCGGGGAUACAACCUGAUGUUAUCACUUGGAAUGCUCUGAUUGCAGGAUUCUCGCAUAUCGGAGAUGAAGAAAAAGUAUCUGAGAUGCUUGAGAUGAUGUGUUUGGAUGGUCACAAGCCUGACGUUGUGUCAUGGACCUCUAUUAUAUCAGGCCUUGUACAUAACUUUCAGAACGCUAAGGCUUUAGAUGCUUUUAAACAGAUGUUAGCUCACGGGUUGUAUCCAAACUCGGCUACCAUCACUACCCUUUUGCCUGCUUGUACCACGCUCGCGAAUGUGAAGCACGGGAAGGAGAUUCAUGGAUACUCGGUAGUCAGCGGACUUGAAGACCACGGUUUCGUUAGAAGUGCUUUGCUCGAUAUGUACGGGAAAUGCGGUUUCAUUUCAGAAGCAAUGAUCUUGUUUCACAAAACUACUAAGAAGACAACGGUUACUUUCAACUCGAUGAUCUUCUGCUACGCAAAUCACGGGCUCUCGGAAAAAGCAGUUGAACUGUUUGAACAGAUGGAAGCCACGGGAGAGAGACUCGACCACUUAACGUUCACGGCCAUCCUCACAGCCUGCAGCCACGGCGGGUUAACUGAUCUUGGACAGAAGUUGUUCCUUUUGAUGCAGAACAAAUACAGAAUCGAGCCUAGGUUGGAGCAUUACGCUUGUAUGGUGGAUCUUUUGGGGCGAGCAGGGAAGGUUGUUGAGGCCUAUGAGAUGAUCAGGGCUAUGCUAAUGGAGCCGGACUUGUUUGUAUGGGGUGCUUUGUUGGGUGCGUGUAGGAAUCAUGGGAACAUAGAGCUUGCAAGGAUUGCAGCAGAGCGCUUAGCAGAACUUGAACCAGAGAACUCAGGGAAUAGAUUGCUUCUGUCCAGUUUGUAUGCCAAUGCUGGUAGUUGGGGAAGUGUUGUUAGGAUGAAGAAGAUGAUAAAGAAGAAGAAGUUGAGUAGGGUUCCAGGCAGCAGCUGGGUAAAUACUGUUUGAUCCUAUUGUUUCUUCUGGGUAGAUAUGAAGUUCUAUGCUAAAAAUAAAUCAGCGGUCGAAGUUGAUAUAUGUAAAUGUACUAAGGGGCGUAUUAACUAGGAAUUUGAAAUGAUUUGCAUUAAAAUGACAAAUCCACUGUUAAAAUUCGGUGUUAUCGAACUUGUCAUUUCAUAAAAUACUCUGAAAUCCACUUUAUUGAACAAAUCUCAUUGUUUUAGGAAGAUACACAACCAUUUAUUAAACUUAAACCUGAUUAACUAAAGCAAGACCUGACCAGACUCAUUAAACCCGAUCUGUGUAUGAAAUAACAUUUUAGGGUUCAUAAGAAAAAAAAAUUGAGAGAGAGAGACUUGAUUUUGAUGUUUUUACCAUAUAAUUAUUUACUUCGUAUAUAUGGUAUGGAUUAACAUAAAACUGGUGUAAUUAUUAACAUAUUUUUAUAGUUGGGAUGUUUUUCACCAUGUUACAGUAACUUGGUGUAACUGCCAGAUUAAAAUUUUUUCCAAAAGAAACAAAUUUGUUGCAAGAAAUGAAACUGCUCCCGUAAUUAAAAUGAAUGUACGUCAAGACUGGCAUAUUUCCAAUGAUUAGACAACCUCCAACGGUGGCUCUAAUUAGAGGUUCUAAAAAAAACCAAAAAAAAUAAAUAAAAAAUGAGAUAAAUGAGCAAAACCGGUUUUUAGUGGGGGUUAUUGGUUAGUGUAUUUUGAUGGAUUUGAAAAUCCAAACUAUAUCUAGUGUUAUUGGUUCUGUGAUUUUAAAAUAUAUAUUAAAAUCAUGUGUUAUUCGUUUAAUGAUUCAUAAAUUCUAAUUCAAAUCAAGUGUUAUUCAAUCAUACGAAUUUACUAAUAGAUUUGAUUUCAUAAUGUAUUUGAAUGGAUUUGCAUGGAUUUCUUUGUUAAAAAUACAAAGACUCAAAUCCGAGGAAAAACUUCGAGAUUUAUAAAUACUAAUCUGAGAGAAUUUGAAAAUUUGUAUAUUUUACUUGGAUUUAUAAAUACUGGAUUUAUAAAUACUGUAUGAAUUUCUAAAUCAAUCAAAAUAUAUAAACCAAUAACUAACUCCUUGAUGUAACACUUUUAGAAUCAGUAAAAACCUCAUAUGGCCUCUUUGUUAUUGGCUAAAACAAAAAAGGAGAAAAUCUGACCUUCUCUUCCUUCCUCUCCGUCAAUGUCUUUUUUUUUUUUGUCUGAGAAAUUUCUUUGUCGAUGUUCAGAUGUUUUGAGAAAUCUCUCCAAAUCAUCACCCAAGAUCAAACACGAGAUCAACCGUUUGUUGGAUAAGAUGCUGCGCUUGGAGAAACAAAGGCCUGAAUCGUCAUCAUCGGAGGAGGCGCAAGCUGUGACUCCGUAGGUCGUCUCCGGUAAUGUCUUCGUCGCUUUAGUAGCCGCCAGUGCCGGUGAUGCUUAUUAUCUUUCAUCCUCCAAGAAGAAACGCAGAGGUUUUGUAGGGUGUUUGGAUCCAGAGAAUGGGAGGUUAUCAAAGUGGUUUCACCAAAAGCAACAGACCAACCCAAACACCAUGAGGAACCCAAAGAGGAAAGACAAAGAGCGAGUGGAGAGAGCCCGUGUUCAUUCAGUUGUGUCCAUCACAGCCCUGGCAGCUGGGUUAUCGUCUGUGACAUCCAGUGAAAGCUGCAGUAAAUAUGAUGACGCUGGCUCUAGCCUCAGCCACCGAGCUACUGGCUUCACAUUGCAUUGAGAUGGCUGAUCGUGAAUGUGUUGCUGCCACGGUUAGGUCUUCAAUUGAUAUACACAAACCUCUUUUGUUUUCUCUUCAUACCAAAUUUCAAUCUUGUGCAAGCUGUGAACAUACUCAUUGGAAAUUAAAAGCUCAAAGAGGAAAAGAGAGAACAAGACCACACCAGCCACAGUUUCAGUAAUCCCAAAGCUGUUCACUUCCACCUUUAGGCUACCCAAGUUAAAGUCUCCACCUUCUGGAGCCAUAUAAGAUUUGAUUUUGUUAUUGGCUGAUUGUGUUAUAUUUAGGGGAUUUAGAAAUCUGCAAGUUAUCUAUCUCUGUAUUUAGGAUCAUCCCUGUGAUGUAUAUUAGCUUAUAUAGUUCUUGACCUUAUUUAGAUAGGAACCUUACCAUUGCAUUGCAUCGCAUCUAGCAGCUGUUACCUUUUUUAUGUAUUAUUUGUGAGGUUUCAAGCAUUGUAAUGUAACAAAGAUUUCAAGUGGAUUCAAUUGAAGAGUUGUGAUUUUGUUAGUCUAA